AUUACGAAAAAUUGUGUAGACGGGUUAAGUGUUUGGGAAGAUUCGUCGAGAAGAAGAAAUUUUAUUUUAAUUCUUCGCGUUAACUGUUAAUCGGAAGAUGAGGCUGCAAACCAUAUCUCGGAGAACAUGGAUCUGCGGUUUAAUCUUGUUGCUUUUUGCGACUGCUGAGAGUUUUAAUAUCAGAAUUCGGAGGGAUAAUUUAAAUCUCACUGAUUAUGAUGCGACAAAUUCUACGAGUAAUCGAAGAGGCAAAUUUCUAUUCGAUGAAUUAUUUGGUCUCGAUAUAGAUAUAGGCACUGCGGAUGACAAUGAAGUAUUGCGGAACUGUUCUUGCGAAUGCGGAGUAUCUAAUCAAGAACAUCGAAUUGUUGGUGGAAAACCAACAUCCCCUAAUAAGUAUCCCUGGGUAGCGCGAUUGGUGUACGAGGGUCGUUUCCACUGCGGCGCUAGCCUUGUUAAUAAUGAUUAUGUUCUUACUGCUGCUCACUGUGUACGCAGACUAAAACGUUCUAGAAUCCGCGUAGUACUCGGAGAUUACGAUCAAUACGUUAACUCUGAUGGACCUGCUAUAAUGAGAGCAGUUAGCGCUGUAAUUCGUCACAGAAAUUUUGACAUGAAUUCGUACAAUCACGAUGUCGCACUAUUGAAACUUCGGAAAUCUGUGAAAUUUUCCAAGUCAAUUAGGCCAGUGUGUUUACCACAAUCAGGUAGUGACCCAGCCGGUAAAGAAGGAACCGUGGUUGGCUGGGGCCGGACAUCAGAAGGAGGAAUGCUUGCUGGACAAGUUCAAGAAGUACAAGUACCGAUACUAAGUUUGACCCAGUGUCGAAAAAUGAAGUAUCGAGCCAAUCGAAUUACGGAUAACAUGAUCUGCGCUGGUCGAAAUGCUCAAGAUUCUUGUCAGGGUGAUAGUGGAGGUCCUCUUCUUGUGCAGGAAGGCGAUAGAAUAGAAAUUGUUGGCAUAGUCUCCUGGGGUGUCGGAUGUGGAAGAGCUGGCUACCCCGGAGUGUACACAAGAGUAACAAGAUACUUGAAGUGGAUCAAUACAAACAUGAAAGACAGAUGUAUAUGCGCAAAUACCUUGGGUGAGAAGGUGAAAAACUUUUUUGGCAUUUUCGGUAAUAAGCCACCAUAUUCCGUGGAGGCACCAGGGCCAUGUUAUUGCAACUGCGGAUUGCGAAAUGAGGAAAGUCGGAUAGUCGGCGGUCAAACAACUCGCAUGAACGAAUUCCCGUGGAUGGCAAGGUUAUCGUACUUGAAUAAAUUUUACUGCGGUGGAACUUUAAUAAACGAUCGCUAUGUGCUCACUGCCGCCCAUUGCGUUAAAGGUCCCAUUUUCAGGUUCAUGUGGUUCAUGAUCAAGGUCACAUUCGGUGAACACGAUAGGUGUAUGGAGAAGGGGGCCGAAACUAGAUACGUUGUCAGAGUACUAACAGGUGACUUUAGCUUCCUGAAUUUUGACAACGAUAUCGCCCUACUGCGCUUAAACGAGAGGGUGCCUUUGAGUGACACCAUAAGACCCAUAUGUUUACCAUCCGUGAGAGACAACGCGUACGUCGGAACAAAAGCAAUCGCAUCCGGCUGGGGCACCCUACACGAGGAUGGAAAACCCUCUUGCCUUCUACAGGAAGUAGAAGUACCAGUUAUGAGCCUCCAAGACUGCCGUAACACUAGCUACAACCCUCGCAUGAUCUCCGACAACAUGAUCUGCGCUGGAUAUGUUGAUGGCAAGAAGGACUCCUGUCAAGGAGACAGCGGAGGACCACUCAUAGCAGAACGCGAAGACAAGAAGUAUGAACUGAUAGGUAUAGUAUCUUGGGGCAACGGAUGCGCCCGACAAGGAUACCCUGGAGUUUAUACGAGAGUCACGCGAUACAUAGACUGGAUCAUUUAUCAUUCGCGAGAGGGAUGUUUCUGUGAUCAAAACUAAACAUGGUCUACAGCCCCCUAACAUAACAAGGUCUCAUCGAAAAACUCCUAAAUUCUACUUUCUAAUUUAGACCUUUGUAGCUUUACGAAAUCAUCUUCAUCGAAGUUUAUUUUUUACUUUUUCCAACUGUAAUUUAUUCGAAAAGCUUCAGAACCUUGUUAUAUCGCCGCAGGGAUUAUAUAUUUAAACAAAGAUUACGUAGGAACAAGAUACUCGAAGACCCAAAUAGUACUUAAUUAAAUCUAAGCAAUACUCAUUUUUUUUAUAACAUAUAUAAAUUCUUUUAAAUAAAGUCUUGUAAAUUA